CUUAAGGAGAGAGAGAAGAAACUGAGGGAGACGAGGAGGGUGAUGGAGCAGAUGAAGGUCUCUUUGGAAAGAGAAUUAGAGGAAAAUGAGAAGAGCUUCACUGAUCUGAUCCACUACAUUGAAGAAACUCAGAAGAAACUGGUUGAGAGGAUCAGAGAACAAGAAAAGAGAGAAAUAGAAAAGGCGGAAGGAGUCAUGGAGCGACUAGAGAAGGAAAUUGAGGAGCUGAAGAAGAAAGACACUGAGCUGAAGGAGCUUUCGGACACCAAGGACAACAUCCACUUCCUGCAGACCUUCUCAUCUCUAUGUGUCCUUCCUUCUGAUGGAGACUCGCUCAGCUUCACUGUCACUGAUGAUUUAUCUUUUGAGGACCUGAGAAAGGAACUGUCAGGUCUGAAAAAGAGUCUAGAAAAGAUCAGCCAGUGGGACAUCAAGACAUGGACAACAUCAGGUCACGAAGCUCCACUUGUCACCCUACAGCCUCCUGAACCUCAGAGCAGAGACGAGUUUUUACAUUGUGAGUUUAUAAUUUGACUAAA